GAACAAAUAAACAAAAAAGAAAAAAUGGCGAGAACACCUUGCUGUGAUAAAAAUGGGCUAAAGAAGGGAACAUGGACACCUGAAGAAGAUAGAAAGCUAACGGCUUAUGUAAUUAGAUAUGGCUGUUGGAACUGGCGCCAACUUCCCAAGUAUGCAGGUUUAUCAAGGUGUGGAAAGAGUUGCAGGCUGAGAUGGAUGAACUAUUUGAGGCCAAACAUCAAACGGGGGAAUUAUAGCAAGGAAGAAGACGACACCAUCAUAAGAUUGCACGAGUCACUGGGAAAUAGAUGGGCGGCGAUUGCAGCUCAGUUACCAGGAAGAACUGACAACGAGAUUAAAAACCACUGGCACACAAACCUGAAGAAGCGGCUCAACCAAAAUUCGAACUCAAGUAGUGAUCAAUCAAAAGAAAAAUCGGAAGAUCCGUCACACCAUGAAACCAGCCAAGAGGGAGAAUCAAAACUCAACAACGACCAUCUAGAUAUAACAAGUCUCCAAAUUCUUGAAAGCUCCUCGUCAUCACCACUACCCUCCUCAAGUGAUCAAUUUUCCUCGAUACCCUUAGAUACCACAGGGGUAAUCAGAAGCACAGAAUCAAUUGUGGAACAUCAUAAGGUUGAUACUUUCUUUGAACCAUAUGCUGCACCGAGUAGUAAUUUCUGGACUGAACCAUUCUUGGCAGACAAUUCCUACAAUUUCAAUAUUUCCAAUGAUUUUCUGGUACCUUUUACGGACCCCGAAUAUGUACCUGUUCAUUCUCCAUUUUUCGAUGGAGAUAUGUUAUGCCCAUUUAUCUGAGUUGUAUGAGCAAAAUUAGAAAUGAAAUCAAUAUGAGUGAUAUAUGAAUAAC